GGAAACUUCCUCUUUCUCUGUGUUGAAGAGUUUCUCCGUGUGUCAGUAAUGCGCUGUUUGUGUCGAUGGUCUGACACACUCUUCUCUUCUCCUCUGGACUGCAGAAAUGAGGCUCGUUUGUGGAUUAAUAAUGAUGAUGAUGAUGAUGAUGAUGCACACGGCUGCAGGUGUGGAUCGUGUUUGCUGGUUUAAUCAGUCUGGUCCCUGUAAUGCAGCUCCUGGAGAUAAACUUAGUCUGCAGCUGCUGCCGAACACUAGAAUAUAUGAGAUACAGAUGAAGAAGAGAAUAAACAGCCCAGCAUAUGGUCCAGUUUGUAGAAUAAAAGAUGACACAAUCAAGAGUGACUGUGAUCUGUAUGAGAACAGAUCUGAUGUGAAAGUCAGUAAUGGGACUCUGAUAAUAAACUCAGUGAUCACAGCAGAUUCUGGGAUUUACACAUUAUUUGUCCAUAACUCUGAUGGCACUGUAACAUCUACAGCAGAUCUACAAGUAAAUAUUGAAGAUCCUUCACUGGCAGCAAAAGUUCUGGGAAGUCUUGCUGUAAUCCUCAUAGUGUUGCUCUCCGUGCUUUAUUUCUUUUACAGAAAGAAGAAGAAGAAGGCCAAACCACCAUCAGAUGUGGAGUACACUACAGUCGACCAUCAGAAGAAACCAAGCGUUCAGAAGAAGAAUGAAGACCUUCACUAUGGAGAAAUAAACUUCAGCAAGUCACACACUCGUCACACACACCAGACGCAGACGCAGAGCAAUCAGGAGGAGUGUCUGUACGCUCAAGUGCAGACAAGCUAAUAUGAGCUCAACCACAGAAACCAACCCACCGUCAGUGCACACCAUGAGGAAACGCUGCGUUCAUUUCUGCAGCUCAGUUAUUAGCUGUGUGUAAAUAAAAAACUACACAACCAGAGUGUCUCAUCCUCACAAAACAGAACUGGACCAACUUUAAAAUAACUACACUGGAUGAAGGGAUAGUUCACACAAACAUUAAAACAUCAGCAUUUACUCACUGUUUAACUCUUUAAAACCUGUUUACUGUUCACUCACAGAGUUGAGCUUUUAGUUCAGUCUGCUCCUGCACGUGUCCCUCUGUUUAUUGCGCUUUUCAUUGUAUUUCUCUGUUUGUUUUGUGUAUUAAAGUGUUAUUUGUAUUCUC